GAUGUGAUUACCGUCAGCUUUAGUAAUAUACAGUCAGGACAAAGGAGGUUCCAACAAUUUGUCUGUUGGUUUGUGGUUGUUUUUUAACUUUGAAAAUAUGUAUCAGCAUAAUGCUGUCGGUUUUGAUCACUGAGAGUAGUGCUAUGGUCUGUGAACAGUUUGGGGGAUUUCAGCAGUUACUGGAAACAGGACCUAUGUGAGAAUGACCACGUUCUGUGUCUCUCAGACUUUGUAUCUGGAUCUCAAAGUAGCUAUAAUUUGGGGUAGACUACUGAAUAUCCUGCUAUGAGAAGACAUUCACCGACAUAAAACAGCCUGGAAGAAGUUUUAAGGAAGUCAACAAGCAUAGAAUUGUUUAAUAAAAUAGAAGACAUUUAGAAUUUCACAAACUUUUGGCUAUCCGAGUCUUAAAAAAAAAAAAAAAAAUGAACCGUUACACACUAAUGAAACAACUAGGUGAUGGCACCUACGGCAGCGUGUUGAUGGGAAAGAGCAAUGAAUCAGGAGAACUUGUGGCUAUUAAAAGAAUGAAAAGAAAGUUCUAUUCAUGGGAUGAAUGUAUGAAUUUGAGAGAAGUCAAGUCUCUGAAGAAGCUAAAUCAUGCCAAUGUAAUAAAAUUGAAAGAAGUCAUAAGAGAGAAUGACCACCUUUACUUUGUAUUUGAAUACAUGAAGGAAAAUCUCUAUCAGUUAAUGAAGGACAGAAACAAGUUGUUCCCUGAGUCAGUCAUCAGAAACAUGAUGUAUCAGAUAUUACAAGGGCUAGCUUUUAUCCAUAAACACGGAUUUUUUCAUAGAGAUAUGAAGCCUGAAAACCUUCUCUGUAUUGGACCAGAACUUGUGAAAAUAGCAGAUUUUGGUUUGGCUAGAGAACUAAGAUCUCAGCCACCUUACACGGAUUAUGUUUCUACCAGGUGGUACCGAGCUCCUGAAGUUUUGCUAAGAUCAUCUAUUUAUAGUUCACCUAUUGAUAUGUGGGCAGUUGGCAGCAUAAUGGCUGAGUUAUACACGCUAAGGCCUCUUUUCCCAGGCACAAGUGAAGUAGAUGAAAUCUUCAAAAUUUGCCAAGUAUUAGGGACUCCAAAGAAGAGUGACUGGCCUGAAGGAUACCAUCUUGCCUCCGCCAUGAAUUUCCGUUUCCCACAGUGUGUCCCUAUAAGCCUAAAAACUCUCAUCCCAAACGCAAGCAAUGAAGCAAUACAGCUUAUGAGUGAUACACUGAACUGGAAUCCAAAGAAGAGACCUACAGCAAGUCAGGCUUUGAAGUACCCUUACUUUCAAGUUGGCCAAGUUUUAGGACCUCCUCCACAGUAUUUGGAGAAGCAGACGCCUAUUAAACCAGUUCAGCCAACAGAGCCAAAGCCAGCUUUACCUAAACUGGAAGCUAUAGCCAAGCCAGAACCUCCAUCUUCACCUAAUGUACCUGACAAAACACAGCCACAGCCCCUGUCAAAGGUUAACCACCAGCCUCUCCAGCAAAUUCAGUUACCUCAGAAUGCAGCUAGCCAGCAAGUACCAAAACAGCAGUUACCGGCACAAACAUUUUUUCCUGCCAUCAAUAAAAACUCAUCGCCAAAACAAGCAGCUAGUGGCCCUCAGAAUGGUGCAGUAGGUGCUAAAAGCUACAGAAGACGGUGGGGUCAGACUUUGGUAAAGGCUGUGGAUAGCUGGGAUGACUUGGAUGACACUGAAUUUGGAAUGUCAUGUUCAAAGAAACCUAGCAUUGCACUGUUAAAAGAAAAGAAAAACAAAGAAUGUCUUUUUAGUGUGCAAGAACAAAAAGCUUCGUGCUGUAUCCAGCCAGGAGGGCAAAAUAAGGUUCUGAUGAGAAAUGAUUCUGGAAGAUCAAAUACCUCAGCAAAACAGUACUAUCUAAGACAAUCAAGAUAUCUACCUGGUGUGAACCCUAAGAAUGUCUCUUUAGUAGCAGUCGAUAAAGAAGGGUCACAUGGAACCUGGAACAACCAGUUGUUUUCUAAGCCACUGGCACAUACUGGAGGGGCAGUGACUUUCAACAGAAAUACUACAGAUGAGAACUUAAUUAUACCUAUUGAAAAGCUAUCAUGCAAAGAGAGGUUGAAUGAAAAAUUAGAGGAUCCAGAAGGAAAUGCUGGCUUUGCAAGUGGUGCUGCUUACAGCCCAUCAGGAGUAUAUAUCCCUUCCUUUCAUAAAAAAGAAGUUGGAUCGGCUGGACAACGGAUACAGCUAGCUCCUAUUGGUGCACCUGUAUCAGAUUAUUCCUGGAAAACCAAAGCUGCUCAUGCUCAGAUACCAGGUCCUACUUUCAGUUCAGCAGCAAAAAACAUGACUAUUUUAACUCGACCACCCACAAUUCAGCCAGUACAUGGAAGAACUGACUGGGUGGCUAAAUAUGGAGGAAACAGAUAGAAAAUGCCACCCUAUAGAUAGUGUGAGCUAUCUUCAGUUCUCCAGCACUGGAAGCCUGAAAAACCUGUUUCCUCUCACUUUUCCUACGACUAUACAAUAGUAAAGAAGAAAAAAGACCUCAUGUUCUUUUACCUGUACAAUACAUACAAUACCACAUAAAAUACUGGCUAUAAAGUAGGAUUUAUUGAAGUAGUGUAUAAAGAAUAUUGCCAAAGCUACCAAGAGGUAGGUUACAUUCGACAUUUUUUUCUAUAGAUGGAUCUCCUAUCCUUGUACUUCUAAAACAACUGUUAUGGUUGUUCGCCUAAUGCAAUGUCCACUAUUGGCAUACUCUUGAUUUCAAAUACAAGAGCACUAAAAGCAUGGCUAAAGCAGAGCAGCACAAAGCUUUCAAGCAUUCAGCUGGUUCCUCACCAGAAAGAUGAGAGUGAAAGCACAAAUCGGGCUUUGUGGAGAACACUUCACUAUUAUACAAGGAUUUCAGAACAUGCUUCUACCUAAGAGUUAUUUAGGGUCUGUAAUAUGCAAAUAAUCAUAUUAGCAAUGAGAACUUCAGUCCUUCUAGCAAGAUUUCAGCAGCCCGCUGAUAAAUACUACACAAGGAGGAUCAAAAAACUUAGGCCAUAAAUGGCUGUAGAAUGAUAUAGCAAUAUUGGAAAAUAGUUUAAAAAGUACUGGAUGCUAGAUAUACCUCACCAGUCUGUAGUGAAGCCUAAAAAUAAGAUUCUAGUAUUAUGAUCAGCUUAUGGUCAUUUUUGGUUGAAGAUUGCGGAGAUUUAUAUCUGUCCUGUCAAGGGAGUGGCACAAUGACAUUUUAAGGAGCCUGAAUUACUGCAGUCUGUCAGUCAUUUUCAGGGUGAAUUGGCCAAAAAGGCCAUAAACUGUCAGUAAACUCCAGUUUCUACAUGUCUUAGUUUGAUCACACAGUAAAACUACUGAAUAUGCUACAUGAAGGAGAAUAUCGGGCUGUUCUUCAAAGUGUCCCCAUUUAGACUCCCUGAUCCAGGCCAGCAGCUAAACUGGGUAGUUGUAGUCCUAGUUCCCCCCAACUCCAACAGGGAAGGGGAGAUGAGAGAGAGACACUUGUGGGCUGGAAACUAAAACAGCUUUAAUGAAACAGUAACAAUAAAGAGGAAAAUAAUAUUUAUAAGAAAAUAAUAAAAUAUAUACAAAUAUUUAUAAAACCAAAUCAAACUUCCCUGAUUCUGUCACCCCUAAUGCUGUUGGGCAGGCACAGGGAAAGUCCUGGACUGAACUCUAGCAGAUGGAAGCUGGAUUCAGGAACUGGAUUCAGGAACAUGCAGAUCAGAAGUAGAUGGACAGAUGAGGACCUCACUGGACACUGGCCAUCAAAGAAAAGGGCUUGUGCGUUAUGAUCCCUAAGCUUUAUACUAUGACACAUAUGGAAUGGAAUACUCUGUUAGUCAGUUUUGGGUCAUCUGUCUGCUCCUCCAUGUGGGUCUGACCCCCUUUUUCACCCUUUGACUUAAGGCAUUCUACCAUUUUGAGGAUGGCCUUAGUUUACAUAGGAAUAAUUAUAAGCCAUGGCCUCUCUACAUACCAGUGCCCUGUUACCUCGGUGAUAGAAAUUAGUUUUUUUCAUUUCUAGAGGCAUACACUGUCUCAAAAACCCAUUAACUUUCAGAAAACAAAGUUACUUGAAGAGGCUUAGCUGAAAAGUUGGAGAAUUGGUUCUGCUUUAGCUCAAACCAGAACCAAACACAUUGCUUUCUGGUUUAGAUCUUAAAGGCCAACUUAGGUACCUGAAAACACACACCACCUUUAGUAAUGCAAUACCUCACCAUUUAUAUGCUCAUUCAGUACUUUCCCUGGCUUCUCUGCUAAGUUUUAAAAUAAUAUCCCACAAAGAACCUUGCAAUGUACAAUAAAUUGUUUUUAGGAUGUUGAGCUACGCUACUUGUGAUAACUGUGUCUGCAAUAGAUGUUUUAGCCUUAGAAGUUACAUUAUACCUGCUGCUUUAAAGUACAAAAUGAGUGUGUUCUUUAAAGAUGUAAAGCUGUUAAUGAUUACUUUAAGCAUUGUAAAAAAGAAAUGUAUUUGUAUGGCUUUUGUAGCUGCAUAUAAAAAUUUAAGUUCCUGUUGUUGACCUAAUGUGCCAUAAUAUAUGAGUUAUGUUAACUUACUAGAAAUCCAUUCAAUCUGUUACAAAACAGUUGUACCAAAGUCAAGUAUUUUGUUGUGAAAAUUGCACCAAAAAAAAUACUACUUUAAUACUGAAGGAGCUGUACAGGGAUAGGGAAUAUCUAGUUAGUAAUGCACUAGAAACUUUAAUUCAACGCCAUUGGUCUAGGCUUAAGUAUUUGUCAUUCCCUUAAGUAUUAAAAGAUGCCCCUAUGCUAUUUAAAUGCAUCUUAAUUUAUUUGUAGAAUAUAUCUGUAACUGGCUAUGGCAAUGAAGGACAACCUCAGGCUUUCUAUAAUGGCCAUAAAUGCACUGGUUUUAUAAUUUAAAAAUGAAUGAAAUCACUAAUCUCUAGUACAAGAGGCCAAUGACUUAGUUAAAAUUUCAGUCUGGUCAAGGAAUUAAUGUGUCCAUAACUCACAUGUCCAUAAGUCACUUAGAGCAGAAAAAUAGAUAGCAUUUGUGGCACUAAAUAUGGCUGGAAGAAACAUGCUGUCCUUACCAUAUGCUAAUGAAUACAGCUUUGAUGUAACUUUAACAGUCUUUGCUUGUCCAUAAUCAAAGCAUGCAAGUGUUAAAAAAUUGUUUUUGUAAAACAGCAGGAAAAAAUAGUAAAAAUAGGUGAAUAGACUUUGUACAGUCAUUUUAACUCUGAUUCAUAUUCACACACUGAACUGUUAGUGCAGAAAUACCAUCUAUUGCUUAAGAAGUUCCAAGGUGGUAAAAAAUAGCUGAGGUUCAAGCUUUUGUCUCCUCUCUUUGUCUGCAUUGCUACUGUUUCUCCUGAACGUGAAAAGUGCAGUUCUCAAUUCAAGCCACUGCUUUGCAAAGCUCAUGAAACAGCAGUAAGCCUUAACACAUUGGUCUAAGAGUUUAAAAGCUUAGUAGUACAAUCCCUGGCUUUCUAUUGUU